UCCCAUGUACACUCGUAUUUUUCUUCCUCGUCGUUCAAACUUCUAAACCACACUCAGUCAGUUUCUACUUUCUUCUGCACUCUCCACCUUCGGGUAAGGUAGAGAAGAAGCGAAUUUCACUGAGUGCUACUCCAAUGUCGAAUUUCAUGGCUGCUUCGAAUCAGAAUCAGAAUCCGAACAAGUCCUUUGAGGUUACCCAUCUUCCUAACGACUCGAUAUCGAGCCUAAGCUUCAGUCCCAAGAGCAACAUUCUGGUCGCCACCUCCUGGGACAACCAGGUGCGAUGCUGGGAGAUACACCAGAGUGGACAAAAUCUUGCUAGUGUGCCCAAGGCAUCCAUAUCCCAUGACCAACCGGUUUUGUGCUCAGCUUGGAAGGAUGAUGGAUCUACUGUGUUCUCUGGAAGCUGUGACAAGCAAGUUAAGAUGUGGCCUUUAGCUGGUAACCAACCGGUGACCGUUGCCAUGCACGAUGCACCAAUAAAAGAGGUUGCUUGGAUCCCGGAGAUGAACUACUUAGUCACAGGAAGCUGGGACAAGACUCUGAAGUAUUGGGAUCUGAGGCAGCAAACUCCAAUCCAUACCCAAGCUCUACCUGAGCGCUGCUACACUUUAUCAGUGAGAUACCCUCUAAUGGUUGUUGGCACUGCAGACCGAAAUCUGAUUGUUUUUAACUUGCAAACCCCACAGACUGAAUUCAAGAGAAUUGUUUCACCCCUAAAGUAUCAAACAAGGUCUGUUGCUGCAUUUCCGGAUCAGCAAGGAUUCUUGGUUGGCUCUAUUGAAGGGAGGGUUGGUGUACAUCAUCUUGAUGAUGGACUACAAAGUAAAAACUUUACCUUCAAGUGCCAUAGAGAGGGCAAUGACAUCUACUCAGUCAACUCUCUGAACUUCCAUCCCGUACAUCACACAUUUGCUACCACUGGUUCUGACGGUUCUUUCAAUUUUUGGGAUAAGGAUAGCAAACAGAGACUAAAGGCAAUGGCGAGGUGCAGUCAAUCUAUACCUUGCAGUGCUUUCAACAGUGAUGGUUCCAUAUUUGCAUACGCAGUUUGCUAUGAUUGGAGCAAUGGUGCUGAAAAUCACAAUCCUGCUACCGCAAAGAACUGCAUUUACCUCCAUGUGCCACAGGAAGCUGAGGUUAAAGGCAAGCCAAGAAUCAACACCGGAAAACGGUGAAGCUGUUUGCGACCAGCCAUGUUUGCCAUGAGCUAUUUGUGCGUACGACGUUUUUUAGUCUGCAAACGCGUGAUCAAGGCGGCAUUCUCCGUGUCUAGAUGUUUAGAUAGAAGAUUGUUCUGGUGCUAUUUCUGAGUUGCCAUUUUCGAAGAGGCGGCUAGUUUGUUCUUCGCUACGUACUAGGUUGUUCAAAGGGUCUUGUUCUUGUUCCAUUUUGAGCAGAGAAUUCAAACCUUAUAAAUAUCUUUGCUAAAGCUGGAGGUUUUUCGUUA